AUGGCCACGGAAGUUAAACAACGCCGUGUGAAGGUGUACCAGUUGAGUAGGGAAAGCGAAUGGUUGGACAAAGGUACCGGCUUUUGUACCUGUUUUGUUAAUGAGGCAAAAGAUGAUGCUUGUAUCAUCGUCCGUUCUGAAGAAGAUACUGCUGUUUUAUUAUUAAAAUCUCGUAUAAUGAAAGAUCAUGAUUACCAAAAACAACAAGAUACGUUAGUAGUUUGGACUGAACCUAAUGGGUUAGAUUUGGCUUUGAGUUUUCAGGAGGCUGAGGGUUGCACAGAAAUAUGGGAAUUUAUAUCGGACAUAAAAGUUCGUAUGGGUCAUUCAAAUUCUAGUGAUGUGCGAUCCAGCCCUCCACCAGACCCCGAAAUACCGAAUAUGUCGAUAAAAUUACCAGAGCCUACCUUGUCUAAUUUAGAAGAGAUUGAAUUAAUAGUUAAAGCUGCAAGCCGGACCAUUUAUGAACGAGACAAGCUAGCGGCAUUUGUUACUCAGGGCUACAUUGCUAAAUUAUUACCUUUGCUUUCGACAUGUGAGGAUCUUGAGGAUUUAAAAGAUUUGCAUAGAUUAUGUAAUAUAAUGAAAGGAAUUAUAAUGCUACAAGAUAGCGAAAUUUAUGAAUAUAUUUUACGUGACGAUGUUAUUAUGCAAGUUGUUGGAAUGCUUGAAUAUGAUCCUGAAUUCCCUACCUAUAAAGCAAACCAUCGCCAAUAUCUAGCAGAUAAUUCAAAAUUUAAAGAAAUUGUUAAAAUAAAGGACAAGGCAAUCGAAACAAAGAUUCAUGAAACUUUUCGUCUUCAAUAUCUCAAAGAUGUAGUGUUUGCACGCGUAUUUGAUGAUCCAACAAGUUCCAUACUUUCUUCACUCAUUUUCUUUAAUCAUGUUGAUAUUUGUAAACAUAUUUCACAAGAUGAUGAAUUUUUGGAAGAACUCUUCAAUAUCCUUAAUGAGGAAAAUGGAUCGCCAAAACGUAAACGUGAUGUUAUUAUGUUUGUUCAACAACUCUGUUUUAUCGCCAAAAGUAUUCAUGUGUCACAUAAAAAAGAACUAUACAG